AUUCACAAUCCCCUUAGGUAUAGCUCUAUCCUCACUAGUGAAAGGGUUGCUAAAAUGGGACUAAUCUUAGCCAUUAGGAGCAUUCUCUUAGUGCUUCCAUUCCCGUUCACACUAAGGAGAUUAAAGUAUUGUCAGAAGAAUCUCCUUUCUCACUCAUACUGUCUUCAUCAAGAUACUAUGAAACUGGCCUGCUCCAACAACAAGGUUAAUGUCAUCUAUGGCUUCUUUGUUGCCCUCUGUACUAUGUUGGACCUGGCAUUGAUUUUUCUGUCUUAUGUGCUGAUCUUGAAGACUGUCCUCAACAUUGCAUCUGUGGCAGAAAGGCUCAAGGCCCUAAAUACCUGCAUCUCCCACAUCUGUGCUGUGCUCAUCUUCUAUGUACCCAUCAUCACCUUGGGUGCCAUGCAUCGCUUUGCCAAUCACAAAAGCCCCCUUGCCAUAAUCCUCAUUGCAGAUACGUUCUUGUUGGUGCCACCCCUGAUGAACCCCAUUGUGUACUGUGUAAAGACUCGACAAAUCCGGGAGAAGGUCUUGGAAAAGUUGCUUAAUAUAUGUGGGAGAUGA